AGAGGAGUCAGAGGAGAAGAGGUGCACCGUUUUAAACCCGAUUUAACAUUUUAAAACAACAUUUAAUCAACAGUUAACGGAAGGAACCGACACCCGGAGUGUUUGAGAUUAACGGGACUCACCGGGGAAACAAGAGUUUGGCGGUUUUCGUCGCUGCCAGCAGGUUUUUUUCCGGAGAGAUUUCCUCCUCCAGAGGGUGCGUGUGCGUCCUGAGGGGGUGGAGCCAGACAGACGGCGUGUGGUUCUGUUUCCUGUCUGGGAGGAGUCACAGUGAACGUCUGAGAGAUGUGAAGCUGAAGGAUCAGAGGAGCUGUCACUCAAACCAGGACCACUCCCCCAAACACUACCAGCCAAUCAGCACGUAGUCUGGAGGACCAUCAUGCACCUGAAGUCGUAUCCGAAGCUUGUGCGCUCAGAAUUGCGUCUGGAUGCGUCCGGUGUUCAGACGUCCCAGCGGAGCAGCCUGUUUGUGAGCCAGCAGGGAGCGCUGCUGAGGACCUGCAGCAGUAACCAUGGCAGCAGCAGCAACAGCCGCCUCCCGUUGAGCGUCAUCUCCACCAACACGCUCUGCCGCAGCAACGCAACAAACAGCAACAUCAGCAGCAGCGUGGCAUCACUCCGGCUGAAGGCGUCGCCCGUCGUUGCUCUGCAGCAGCUUCCCACAGUGCCGGGCUGCGAGAACGACACGCUCAGACUGUACCAGACCACCACGGAGGAUGCUGACGCUCCACUGGAUAUCUGGACUGUAAUCAAGCCUGGACAUGUUCGGGAGAAGAUCGCCAUCUUCGCCUCAGAUGGUGAGCCUACAGAGGGUGCUGGAGGCACUGAACGCACCUCAACCAGUGCCUCCGACACCAGGGACAGGACGCCGGUGGUGUGUUCAAACCACGCCACCAUGUCGGGACUCUUGCGGGCUGGGAAGGCUAAGGGAAGCUGGGAGGAAAACAGCAGCGCCAAACGGCGCCGCAGGUCGGGAAACAACCAGAACCUCCAGCAGGACCCGAGGAGAUGGGUUCAGGACACACAGCAACAUGCCCACAAACCGUCUCCACGGCGCUCUGACUCGACUCAGCGGUCGAGCAUUGGGCGGUGUGGAGACGAGGUGGUGGCGACGGCAGAGGAGGAGGAGCAGAAGGUGUCGGUGGUGGAGAUGGUGGCGUUCCUGGAGCAGAGAGCCAGCGAGCAGCAGCCAGACUCCAAACCUCUGAUUGCCCUCCAGAGGAGCUCCACCACCAUCACGCUGUCCAGAGCUCUGCCCCCUGAGAUCAGGGAGGGCUCAGAGGUCAGGGGGGAGGAGCCUGAGAGCGUCAAGGUGUCAGACAUGGUGGCCAAGCUGGAGUCAGAGUGUCUGAAGAGGAGGACGGAGGGAGAUCUGUCGAGGAGCAACAGCCUGAGGAGGACAGUGGGUCGAGUCCUGCUCGCCGCUGGAGACCAGAGCGCCGCCCCCUGCCAGCCUGCAUCACCAUCGUCAUCAUCGUCGUCGUCGUCGUCGUCGUCAUCAUCAUCAUCAUCAUCAUCAUCAUCAUCAUCAUCAUCAUCACUGCCGGGAGCUCAGAGUGUGGGCAGAGAGCCAGUCAGCUGCUCAGAAACACCCAGGACACCUGCCUCAGCUGUGACCACGCCCCCCACAGGUGAGGUCCAGGCGGUCGGGGUAGCUGCAGGUCCAGAGACAUCGAGCACUGUCACAGAGACUCAGACAGAAGCCCCGCCCCUCACAGCAGCCCUGCCCCCUUCACCUGAGGAGGUGGAGCCUCCACCUGGCCUGUUGUUCUUGUCUCCUCCUGCCUCAGAGCCCCUCCCCCCACACCACAGAAUGACCAUGGACCUUGAGCCCUGCCCCCCUCCUGCUCCCUGUGACUCUGACAGCCAAUCAGAGAAGAGGAGGAGGAGAAGAAAGGCUGACAGUGCUCAGGAGGAGGAAGCUGGCGGUGCGGCCUCCUCUUCUGCCGUAGCGCCUGUGGGCCGGCGAGCGUCUGCUUCACAGGACUUCCUGGAGAUGCGUCAGCGGCUGCAGCAGCUGCUGGAGCCGCAGCCGUACCUCGCCGUGCUGCCGCAUCACCUGCUACUCAAGAUCUUCCUGCUGCUGCCCACGCAGACCCUCGCCGCCCUCAAGUGCACCUGCCACUACUUCAAGUUCAUCAUCGACAACUACGGCGUGCGGCCCGCUGACUCGCUCUGGGUGUCCGAUCCCCGUUACCGCGACGACCCCUGCAAGCAAUGCAAGAAGCGGUAUGGCCGCGGCGACGUGUCGCUGUGCCGCUGGCACCACAAGCCGUACUGCCAGGCGCUGCCGUACGGCCCCGGGUACUGGAUGUGUUGCCACGGCGCCCACAGGGAUGCACCCGGCUGCAAUGUGGGUCUCCAUGACAACCGCUGGGUGCCGGCAUUCCACAGCAUUAACGUGCCAAUCUACAGGAGGAACCGCAAUGACAACUGAGUGUGUGUGUGUGCACGUGUGUGUGACAUGAACUUCAGCUGCUCCCAUGACGCAGGUCAGAUCUGAACGGCUCCGUUGGAGUUUAAAGUCAAACUGAGAACAUCCGGUUUGUCUAUGACCUUUGACACGUUUGUUUUUUAAGGUGACCUGAGCUGCUUCAUGCUGUCACUCAGCAGCGUGGCGCCCCCUGCUGCUCCGCCCGCCUCCUCACAGCCUCCGUCAGUGUCGAUCGGCUCAUCGCUGAUCUCGUUAAUAACCCGUCGUUAACAGCAGGUGGAGGGAGGAGGGUCCCGACCAUGACUUCUUCUUCUUCUGUGAGUGUCGAUGAAACGUAAUGAUCAGCUGAUACUUCAGAGCAGGUUUAAAAACAGAGCUGAAUUCUCAAAACCACAUGUAGAUCUAUAAAACAUCGUCUGGCUGUUGUCUCCGAUUAAUGAGUGCAGUCUGAUGACAUAACGAUGACAGAACGAUGACAUCAUGAGGUCAUAUCAGCCGUUAUUAAAUCAGUCUUUCAGGAGGAGAAGAUGCUUAUAAGUUUUUACUGUAAAGAUUUAAAGAGACACUACAGAUUUUUUGAAGUUGGGUCGUAUAAGAUUGUUAACCACAGUCAGUGUGUUACCUACAGUGAAUGUCAGUGAGCACGCCACCAGUUGGGAGAAGCACGCUGGAGUCUGACUUUGAAGCUCAGCAAUGCACUGCUGUGGAUGGGGUCAGCAACAAAACGGAUAUCAGCCACCUGAAACAAUUAAAAUGAGUUAAAGUGUACGCUAUACAGAGAGUAUUUUCUUUACCUUUCCUUUCUGUAAGACUGUCCAACGGGGAACUGAAGCCAUUACAUCGCCCUCUUCAAAGCCAGACUCCAUUGAGAAAAACAGUGAUUUAACAUCUCUGAACACAGGAGCUGCUGGUCUGCUGCUGCCUUCAUCAGUUAUUUUAUUCGUGUUUUUAUGUGACUUAAGCAUUUAAAAAUGUCAGUUUAGAUUAACCGAUUUCACCAAAUAAGACAAACUAACCAAUCAAAGCAGCGAUAGAUGACCAGCUCCUGUUUUCAGGAAUGUAAAAAUCACUGUUUUUCAAAAUGACUGUUUUCGUCAAUGGAGUCUGGUGACUGUGACGAGAGGAUAGAUGUGCAAGUGAAGCCGUUAACAGCUUACCUGUUGGAUGGACUGUCUGACAGAAAGGUAAAGUGGUGGAAAUACUCUCAUUAUACCGUACUGUUAAGCUGAUAUUGAUUGUUUAAGGUGGGACUUUUUUAAGGUGGCUAAAAUAUGCUUUAUUGUUGACUCCUUCACAGCAGUACAUUACUUAGCUUCCAUGUCAGUACUGCUGUCUGCUUCUCCAAACUGGGGGUGAGCCGACCGCCAUCUACUGAUAACUCGCACAACCCUGCUUCAAAAAUCCGAACUAUCUUUUCUUUUUAAUGUGGAGUUUUAUUGAGUUUUAAGGGUGGUUGUUUAGUUCCUGUUUGACUUUCAGAAUAAAAGACUUGUAUAAAAAAUGAUAUUUAUCCUCUGAAAAAAAAGAGCAGACAGUUUAGCUUUUCAUCUGUCACCUCCACCGAUCCCAGAUCUAAUUUAUCAUCGUCGUCAUGUUCAUGGACGAUGUCUCACGUCAGUCAGACGGUGUGUUUAAGUAACAGCCUGUGAGUACGAUCAAGUCAUCACAGAUCAAAUAUCAGAGGUUUGAUAAGAAAGAGACAGGCGGCUUUUCUCUCGCAAUGUUUGAACAUUUAAUUAUCACCACAUUUGAUUUUAGUUUAACGUCUUCAGAGUGAAACUGAAUCCCUCAGUCUGCCUCUCUUCUGUUUUACAUCUUUAAUCUCUUCGAACAAAAGGAGACAUGAAGACGAUAAUUUAAGAAAACAUAUAUAUGAUGGUGAUGUGUGGGGAGGCGGAGCUUCAGCGGGUGCCGUGCUUGGAGCGAAUAUGAAUCCACAGUAGAUGAACUUUAUCUGCACCUUGUUUGUGUUUACAUUUGUACAUAAAUCAUAAAGAGUUUAUGGGCUGCGGCUGAGUGAUAAUCAUCUUUAACAGGACCGAGUGUUGUAUCAGUGAAGGGAAAAGAGGAAACGUGGCCUUGAGUCUCGGAGACGCUGCAAUAUUACAAAGUGACUGUAGAGAUUAUAUAGAAAUAUAUAUAUUAAAAAAGAAUAUCAGGGGAGAAAAAAAAUAAACAAACGGCCUUUGACCUGCAGAGAUUUUUUUUUUAAGGUUUGUUGGUUUUAUGUCUGCCAGCUGUUUCUGUUAAAGAUGUUUUGCUUUAAUAAAGUGCUUUUCAUUGGUUCUUCUUUGGGUUAAAAACA